AUGACCCGUGGCAACCAGCGCGACAAGGCCCGUGAGGCUGCUCAGAAGAAGGCUGCUUCUCAGAAGAAGGGAAACUCCAUGAGCGGCACGGAGAUGCAGCGUGCAAAGGAGUCUGCUGCUGAGAUUAUGCGGCAGAAGCAGGCCAACGUCACUUUCACUUCUUCCUCCCCUUCUCGAUGUGGUCUCGAAGGUGCCCUACCGGGGUUGAUGGAAAGCCUCACUCUCGGGCAGUCACUAUCGGUGGUGAGGGCUGUAAUGGGCAACGGAGAUCAGGGUGGGAAAGACAGGAGCCAAGAAGGCAGCAGAGGCAGCAGGAGGGUCGAAAAAGAAAUAGAAGCAGCAGGAAGACAGGAGCAGGAGCAGAGGAGUAUGGAGUUUCUCAACUACUCGGUCAAUUGCAGAGAACGAAGUAUGACGAACCGCGAGAGGGCCGCAGUUUCUCUUGCUAGUACUGGUAGACUGGUCUCUCUCGAGAGCAACCAGGCUCUCGGGCCAAACGCCACCUCAAAGAUCCUGCCUGACAAGCAUACGAAUGACAGAUGCACAGACACGGGCCUAUCCCCCGGCCAAAACUUCCCGUGGAUCGAUCAAGCAUCCCAGACCUCGACUCGAGUUGACAGUGACGUGACACACGGCAGACACGGCUACCUGAUCGACUUCCACACACCCUUUCGGUCUUUCCUCUCAGGUCUCUCUCUGGUUUUUCAUCGGCGCUUAUCAGGCACACUGACGGACGAUCAAACCGGGUUGACCUCACGAGUCACGAGCCGGAUCAGAAAUUCCCCCGAGCCUGUCUUGCAAGUUGCCGGGCACUUUCUUAGGCGUUGGCUCUCCCCUCUCCCCUCCCACCCUGAGUCUUUAUGA